UAUUAGAAGCACCCGUGGUGGAAGACCAGGAAUGGUUACACUUGUGUAAUCUCACAGGUGUUGGUAUCUGUUGCCAAAUACUGAACGAGAAGCCGGCUCCAGCUGAUCACCAUAAAAGCUUUCCCAGCACUCUCUUGGCCUCCCGGAGGAAGCAGGGCGAUCUGAUCAGCGGGCUGAAAGGAUGCAGGAGCUGUUGCCCCAGUGAGCGAGGCAGUCUGAUAGAGUGAUCGACCAAAGCCACAGCAGUGACCCGCACAAAGGGAAAGCCCUGGUCUGUGCCUGGAUCCUGGAGUCACAGCGCCGUCACAGCUCGGAAGGCCCCCCGUCGCCAGAGAAGCCCACGGGGGAUGACAGCAUGUCGGCCUUCUGGCUGCGGUCUGGCCUGCUGCUUCUCUUGGCUUUUCUCUGCCCUCCAAGUUCCCCGUGCGGCCUUUCGACACACGUAGAAAUAGGACACAGAGCUCUGGAGUUUCUGCAGCUCCCACAUGGGCGUGUUAACUACAAAGAGCUGUUACUAGAACACCAAGAUGCAUAUCAGGCUGGGGCCGUAUUUCCUGAUGCUUUUUACCCCAGCUUCUGUAAAUCAGGAAAAUUCCAUGAUGUGUCUGAGAGUACACACUGGACCCCGUUCCUCAAUGCAAGUGUCCAUUACAUCCGGGAGAACUUUCCCCUUCCCUGGGAGAAGAACACCGAGAAGCUGGUGGCCUUCUUGUUUGGAAUCACCUCUCAUAUGGUGGCAGAUGUGAGCUGGCACAGCCUGGGUAUUGAACAGGGCUUCCUCAGGACCAUGGGGGCUAUUGAUUUUCAUGGCUCCUAUUCUGAUGCCCAUUCAGCUGGUGAUUUCGGAGGAGACGUGGUGAGCCAGUUUGAAUUUAAUUUUAAUUACCUCGCUCGGCACUGGUAUGUGCCUGUCAAAGAUCUAGUGGAGAUUUAUGAGAAACUCUAUGGUCGAAAAGUCAUCACAGCAAAUGUCAUUGUCGACUGUUCAUACCUUCAGUUCUUGGAGAUGUAUGGAGAGAUGUUAGCUGUUUCCAAGCUUUAUUCCACCUACUCUAUAAAGUCCCCGUUUUUGGUGGAACAUUUCCAAGAAUAUUUCCUUGGAGGACUGGAUGAUAUGGCAUUCUGGUCCACAAAUAUCUACCGUCUGACGAGCUUCAUGCUAGAGAAUGGUACCAGCAACUGCGACCUGCCCGAGAACCCUCUGUUCAUUGCAUGUGGCGGCCAUCGAAACAACAGCCUCAGCUCAAAAGCACAGAAAAAUGAUUUCCAUAGGAAUUUGACUGCAUCUGUAACCAAACACAUUGGAAAAAACAUAAACUAUACGGAAAGAGGAGUGUUCUAUAGUGUGGAUUCCUGGACCCCGGAUUCCAUAACCUUUGUGUACCAGAAUUUGGAAAGGAGCCUACGGACCAUGUUUACGGGCAGCUCCCAGCACCCCACGAAGCACAUCUCCACACCCUCAGCAUCUUACUUCCUGUCCUUGCCCUAUGCCAGGCUUGGUUGGGCCAUGGCCUCAGCAGACUUCAACCAGGAUGGGCAUGGCGACCUCGUGGUGGGUGCACCUGGCUACAGCCACCCUGGCCACCUCCAGGUAGGGCGUGUGUAUGUGAUCUAUGGCAACGACCAGGGCCUGCCCCACAUGGACCUGGACCUGGACAAGGAUGCACAUCGGGUCCUGGAGGGCUCCAAGCCCUCAGGUCGCUUUGGCUCGGCUGUGGCUGUGAUGGACUUUAACAAGGACGGGGCACCUGACCUGGCCGUGGGAGCACCCUCGGUGGGCUCCGAGCAGCUCACAUACAAAGGAGCAGUGUACAUCUACUUUGGUUCCAAACAAGGAAGACUGUCUUCUUCCCCUGACAUCACCAUCUCCUGCCAGGAUGUCUACUGUAACUUGGGCUGGACGCUCCUGGCUGCAGACGUGAGUGGAGACGGCAUGCCUGACCUAGUGAUUGGCUCGCCCUUUGCACCAGGCGGAGGGAAGCAGAAAGGCAUGGUGGCUGUGUUCUAUUCUGGCUCCCAUGGGAGUAAAAAAGGAGAGCUGAGUGUGGAGGCAGCGGACUGGCUGGUGCGAGGUGAGGAGGACUUCUCCUGGUUUGGCUACUCCCUCCAUGGAGUCACCGUGAACAACAGCACCUUGCUGCUGGUGGGGAGCCCGACCUGGAAGAAUGUCAGCAGGCUACGCCACUCGCUCCACAGGCACAGGGACACCCAGAGCCUUGGCAAGGUGUACGGCUACUUCCCACCCAGCUCCCAAAGCAAGUUUGCCAUUUCUGGGGACAAGGCAAUGGGGAAACUUGGCACUUCCCUCUCAAGUGGCCACGUCAUGAUGAAUGGGACCCUGACACACGUGCUGCUAGUCGGGGCCCCGACUCGAGAUGACCAGUCUAAGAUGGCCUUCCUGACCAUGACGCUGCACCAAGGAGGGGCCACACGGAUGUACAGGCUGAUGCAGGAUGUGCAGCCGGCCCUGGUCAGCACCUUCAGUGGGGACCGCCGCUUCUCCCGCUUUGGUGAGGUUCUGCACCUCAGUGACCUGGACCAUGAUGGCGUAGAUGAAAUUAUCAUGUCAGCCCCACUGAGGAUCACAGACGCAACCUCGGGGCUACUGGGCGGAGAAGAUGGGCGAGUUUACAUAUACAACGGCAAGCACACCUCCCUUGGUGACGUGACAGGCAAAUGCAAAUCAUGGAUAACUCCCUGUCCAGAAGAAAAGGCCCAAUAUGUACUAAUUUCUCCUGAAGCAAGUUCACGGUUUGGGAGUGCCCUGAUCUCUGUGAGGUCAAAGGAGAAGAACCAAAUUGUCAUUGCUGCUGGAAGGAGUUCUUUGGGAGCUCGGCUGUCUGGGGCACUGCAUAUCUAUAAUCUCAGCUAGAGCUCGCUCCACUUCCGUCUCCUGCCAAGUCGUCUCCAGGGUGAGCAAUCUGGAGGACAAGCUGGCACGUCCAGCAAAGGCGUGGUGGAGCUCCUGAAGUAAAACCGCAACCCUAUGGAAAUAAAUGGCGACUCCACCAGAAGUUUGUGAAAGAGCAGACACUCUGGUUCUUUGUCUUUUCAAGUGUCCUUCCUUGCUUCCUGUACAUCUCAGCCUUUCUUCUUUCCUAGCCUACUGCCUGUGCUCUGACCUGUAUGUCAUACAGCCUGAACACUGGUCUCUCCGAUGCCUAGAUGUGCUCUCGCUCUCUGGUCAUCUCCUAGGAUGUCCACAGUUCCUCCUAAACAACCUCUUUCCUUGCUGCUAGAAUUUGGAUCGUAAACGUUAAAGUUCAUGUUGCAGGCUCAGCUCCCGCUGUUGGCCCUUUGGGAGGUGGUGGUGGUGGUAGGGGCAGGGCCUGGAUGGAGGAAGCAGGUUACCGUGAGAGCCCUGAAAGGUGUCUUGGGACUCCAGGCCCCCAAUGCUUCAUUGUCACAUGCUUCUGUAUGAGGUAUGCCUUGGCACAGGCCCAAGCUACAGGCCACCUGACUGUGGACAUGCUCAGACUGAGAGCCUCAGUAGUAUUUCCUCAUUUUAAGCUGUCCACUCUAGUGUUUUGUCACAGUGAGAAGCAGACCAACCCCGGGGCCCAUUCCAAUCAAACUAUAAGCACUGUAAGCAGAAACAAACCCGAGGGAGGAGAUAAGUGUGGGGUAGUCCUUCGCACUUACUGGGAUCUGGCCCUUUCUAACAAGAGUUAUUCUAUUUUCUAAGUUUUAUAUAGUAAGUGACACAUGUAAAACUAAAGCUUGGCUAACUCUGUGCCCUCAGAAACUUCUGCAGGGAUGGCUGAUCUAACAGGUGGUGGACCGCUUGGCUCUGCCAGAGUUCGGUCACCCCGUGAAGGGCUCUCCUUGUGCUAGGUGGCCAUUCAUCGUACCAGCAGAACUACAGCAGGAGAGAUCUGGCCUAAGCCAGGGGCUACUGCAAGGGACCAAGGAAGUGAAGGACAGAGGAGGGAUGUGGGCCUUGGCCUCACUUGCUCUGGGCUGUUUUCAGUAAGGGUUCCAUGAGCCAGUCCUUCAGAAUGGAGCAUUUAAGGGAGAGGAAUGCACACAGCAUUUCAGCCUCACUAGAGGCCACAUGCGUGACAGCUAGUUAACAGUAAACAGCUUGUUUUGUACCGAGAGAAGCUCCUUACUCUGACACUGAUGAAAUAUAGGCAAGAGAGUCAAGGACAGGAGCCCUUCUCAGCUUCUCUGGAGAAAGCAUGAGCCAGGAAUAAAAAUCUAGCUGAAAAGUUCAAUCAGAGCAAGGAAAAGCUACUGUGCCUGAGAUGUGUGCACAGUGGGUUGGUGCAGGAAGUCCCAGCUGUGUUGCUCAUUUCCAGAUGGGGGCAAAUAGCGUCCAGCUUGGGCACAAAGUACUGACAGCUCAACAAAUGUGAAGAACUGUUUUUAUUUAAAAGAUCUGGUGGGGGGGGACCCAGAAAUUACUUAGCUUAUCCACUUAGGAGCUGAGCCAUCUGAGAGUAGAACAGGAUGAAGAUACAGUUCUCUCAGUAUUGUAUCUGCCUGGAAGGAGGACGCAUACUUUCAUGUUGCCAUUGCUCUGUAAGUGUCAGUGUUUUUAUGCUUCACUAAAUGAUAAAGGCUGUGUUUAACAUGUUCAUGACGGGGCUGUGAUUUGUGUCUUGCUGCUGGGCAGCUCUGAACCACAAGUGUUAAAUUUGACCAUUAGUGACCUCAGAAUUUGCAUUUCUCUCAAUGCCUGAACAUACCAGAGGGUGAACAUAAAGGAAAGGUUAAAAAUCUGUAAUAAUGGGAGCACAUUUCUAAGUUUAUAGUAUAUUUAGCCAUACUAACUUCUGUGAAAAAAAUCACACUCCUGUUGGUCAGUCUAUAUAA